AUGCUUCAUCAUAUGGUGUGUGAUAUUAUGUUAAUUGUGUUUUCGACUUGCAUUGACAACUUUGUUUUGAUGACUAUGACUAUGACUAUGACUAUGACUAUGACUAUGACUAUGACUAUGACUAUGACUAUGACUAUGACUAUGAUUAUGGCUAUGAUUAUGACUUUGAUAAUGUCCGUUGUUGAUGCCGACAUACAAUGCCUUGUUUUCUCUUGCUUCUACCAGAAUCCAACUUCGACUCCCAAUAAUCUGCCUUCUGUUGAAGAGAGCACACUUGUGUACUCUUUUGACGCUCAGAACUGGGUCAGUACCUUCGUUCCCUCUGGCUCAUCUGGGUCAGGUGGCGGCUCGAGUCAAGGAGACAGGGGCAACAACAGCGAUCUCCUUAACCCUAAUGCCCCAAAAUCGGUUGGUGUUAUCCUCGUGAUUGCUAUCGUUGGGGUCAUUCUGGUUCUGCUUAUCAUAACAGGCGUCAUCAUAUUGGUCCGCAAGCGUAAUAAGGAUCGUGGCAACAGCUCAAAUGCUCGUUCACCCGGAGAUAGCCUUAACUCGGGUUCGGCGCUUUCCAACAAGACGCUUGGCAACUCAUGGGACCAAAAAACAUUAGCGGACCUUGAGAAUAACUUUGUGAACAGCGGUGCCAACACUAUACCGGGCAAAGCGGACUUGAGACGUGCAUCGUUAUCUGGAGCAGAUGAGAUGCCACCAAUCCCUGGUUACAACUCAUGGGAGCAUCGGGGAUCGAUCGCUAGUCAAAGGAGCAACAGAGUUGAGACCACAACAACGACAAUCAGCCCCAUGGCAGGUAUCACUCAGACAACAAUUGUGACGACCCCCAAAAGUAGCUCCAAAUCAUCAAAAGUUGGCAAUCCUACUAGCAGGAAGACAACGACUUUUGUUAGCAAUGGCCGACGAAUCUCGGAGCAAUGCGCUGAGAGACCACUGGCACGCAAUCAACCUUCAUUUGCUCCUACACCUGAGGAAAAUGAGACUCAGGACAGUUGGAUCAAUGGUUAUCAAACCAACCAAAUGCAGUCUAGUCUGGAGCAGAAGUUCGAAGAGAAAAGUAAUGGAGUGUAUUAUCCUAUUAGUGUCAAUAGGACUUAUUUUUAAAUUUUGGCGUUUGUCUCUUUCUUUCGCAAAAUGGUCCAACAAUGUUUAUUUAUUUUAAUAUUUAUUUAAUUCACGAUGGGUCAUAUACGUAAUUUUACAUUCAUAAUUGUAUUAUCUUUUCUCCACUGCAACCUAUUUCCCUUGUUGUAUGAAUAUUCGAUUAGAUUAAUAGGGUACAGAUGUUGUGGAUCUCUCUUUUCUAUUUCCCCUCCAAAGCUUGUCAUUUCUUUUGCUAGUGUUUUCGUUUCUAUUAGUGCCUUCUGUUCUAUCAAAAGGCAAAAGCACAAAAA